AUGGCCAUUGGGAGGCACCUGUUGUUGCGACCUCUACAACCUUCAAUUGCUAGCCAAUCCCGCUUGCUGGUCCGAGUGGGAUCGCCUCUUUCCUCGAAUCUUGUAACCAUUCCAAGCCGACGAGCUUAUACAGCGGGAGCCCGUCUACAGCAAGAAACAAAGCCAUCGAGAUCGGAUGUGGCUCCAGAUACGUCUGUAUCAAAUUGGGAUGAAAAUCCAAAUCUCGAUAUAUCUGCCUUCUCACAAUUACCUUCGAGUAAUUUUGGUUUCAAUCAGCAUAUGAUCAUCAAUGCUGAAUUUAAAGAAGCACUUCGGCAGAUACUAUGGCAAUUUCGAGCCCCGAUUCGCUAUGCUUUUGCCUAUGGCUCCGGAGUAUUUCCCCAGAGUAAGGAGGCUGCAUCUUCUGGACCGUCUAGCGUACACCCGUCCGCAAGCUCCGCCAUAGGUAAGGCUCAAUUAGGCGAGGGUAAAAUGAUCGAUUUUAUCUUCGGUGUUAGCUACACGCAACAUUGGCACUCUCUCAAUAUUCAGCAGCAUCGCGACCAUUAUUCCGCUCUUGGAUCAUUAGGAUCAGGUAUCGUGUCAAGAGUGCAGGAUCGUUACGGAGCAGGAGUCUAUUUCAACCCGUACGUUACCGUGAAUGGCACUUUGAUCAAAUACGGGGUUGUGAACAUUGAUACGUUAUGUCGCGAUUUGAGCGAAUGGGAUACGCUUUACCUGGCCGGUCGUCUCCACAAGCCAGUCAAGAUUCUCCGUGACGAUCCCCGAGUACGGCUUGCUAACCAAGUCAAUUUGCUCUCCGCGGUUCGGACGGCACUUUUACUACUCCCACCGACAUUCACUGAGCAUGACCUAUACUCCACAAUCGCGGGUAUCAGCUAUAUGGGAGACCCGCGUAUGUCGCUCCCAACUGAGAAUCGCCAGAAAGUCAACAAUAUUGUGACUAACCAGCUUGCCAACUUUCGUUACCUCUAUGCGCCACUGAUUGAGAACUUGCCAAACGUUUCUUUCAAAGAUCCACGGUGCAGUAGACCUGGAUGGGAGGAUGAUACAUCUACGAACGCGUCCCUAGAGCAGGAUAUGGAUCCUUUCAAACGAGGAAAUAUGGUGCGACGACUGCCAAAGGCGUUCAGAAACAAGCUCUACCUCCAGUAUCGACAAAAAUUCCGUAUUCCCCAGGUUGAGUGGGAACGGAUGCAGGAAGAGAGCAACGACGAAGAUGCAACGAGGAUCAAACGACGUGAAGGCGGCGGUUUCGAGCAGCAAAUUGCUGGCGACGAAACAGGCUUGAAAAAGGAAGUGUCUAUUGCAAUCAAGAAUACCAUCGCCUGGCCCAGCAUGAGCCAAUCAGUAAAAAGUUUUCUCACCGCAGGGUUCGCUCGAUCAUGGAGAUAUCUGGGAGAAAAGGCGAAGAAAUAUCGAGACGGAAAAAGGACCAAGAAAAUAGAGUAA